ACCAAUCUUUGUAAUUACUGCUGGCUGUUCUUUCCGCAAAUCUAAUCCCUUCUACUUUUACUCCAGAUGCCGCAUCUCGGCAAGCCAGAGUAUAAGAGGUAUCAUACUAUCAUCUCAUCGGUUCCCCUAUUCUUUUUGUAUACCUUAGCAAGCAAAAUCCUGAACUGUAUUGUCCAUCAACUGCAUCAUCGACCGCAUUAUGCUCAAUAUCCACGCCAGGGAUACUACGAGACCCCCGAACCUUCUAUUAGGGGGACAUCGUGACAGAUUCGACACUUGUCUUGGAGAAGGGGAGGGGUAAGGGAAAGAG